CAAAAUACUAGUAUAUUCUCUUUGGAGAUUUUCAGCACAUUUCACACAACGUCGUUAGUAAAGUAAGCUGCAAGGUGACAACGGCUUAUCCGAGGUAGCCUUACCUUACAUAUUAACUCACUGUAAACACUCAAAAUGAUAUGAAAAUACCCUACGUGUGAGUGUGAGCAAAUGUUAGAACAGUGAGAAUAUGUUGAUAUUGAUAUUGCUUCACAUGGCUUAAAACGGUAGGUCAUCGUGUCCCAAUAGCUGAAUCACAUGCCACUUUUGUACAGUGUUUAUGGUGUUUACUACCGUAGAAUGAAAAUAACGUCAUAUUAGAGGAUACAAGUAACAAAAGGUCUUGCGAAAUCUCUGACUGAUACAAACUGUUUUUGAAAGCAGCGGAUAUACUGCACGAUAAACUUAUACAGACUGUUUAACUGGGGAUUUGGUAGUAUACAGAUAUGGUCAUCUUCCUCGGAAAACGUUUGGCAGUGACAGUGAGACAUUGUUCACUCGUACUGACUGCAAGGGUGAUUCUACUGGCAGCUAUCACAAUACAUAUACAUGAUGCUACAGCAAUAAGCGACUCCGAUACUGACUAUGGUAUGGCUAACCAAUGUCUCGAUGGCCAGACUACUCUAAACCUUACCAACAACCGCAAUAUAAAUAUAUAUCUAAAACGAUCUGGUAUGAUUUUGGAGAAUCCCUUAACUUGCACAAUAAAAUUUAUCUAUACCACGCAAGGGAGUAUGUACGUUAGGUUUUUUGGCAAUUAUAAAAUCGGACUAACGGGGUUCUUCGGUAUUUCCAUGAGACAACGAAACAAGGAAGGGAUAACCAUAUACCACAAAACACCUGAGGGGUAUGAGUAUGUUGUUGGAAGAGCUACAGCCAACUGGUUUGGAGCCAAAGGGAGAUCCUGGAGAUGAUAACUUCCAAAUACAGAUAUCACACAACGACUUUAACCAAUGUGACGAUAACAAAAUGUCCCCAUGUCUAAAUGGUGGCACUUGUAUUGAUGGUCAUAUGAACUAUACGUGUAUUUGUAAAAUCGGUUACCUGGGAGAUCGUUGUGCCGAGAAGGUGCGCCCAUCCUGUUCGAUUGGUACUCCUUGUAGCAACCACAAUCAAAAGUGCAUUCAACUGAAUAACACUCACCACAGGUGUGACUGUAUUACCGGAUAUAACGGGCCCAACUGCAUGGAAAGUGUGUGCGAACCAAAUCCAUGUUUGAAUGGAGCUGAAUGUAUCAUCGUGACAAAAGCAAGAUGUAUAUGUGAAAAUGGCUACAGAGGGCCCUUCUGUCAAUCACAUGUGUGCCAGGUUCAAAAUCCAUGUCGGAAUGGUGGUACAUGUAUAUCUAUCACAAGAUGGCCAGGAUAUGAUUGUACGUGCACUAGUGGAUACCGCGGAGAUACCUGUAGCGCAGUGCGCAGUUAUUACAAGAAAAAGCCUCAGCCAUUGGGAAGUCGAGUAAUUGCAGGAAUUGUUUUCGCCAGUUUGUUCGGAGCAGCUGCAAUAAUUGUAGCGCUUUUCUUCAUAAUAAGAAGAUACAGAAAACCCCCAUCAUCACCUUACAGGGAGCCUAAUUCAAUCGGAUAUGGUACCCAUACAUGGCAAAAUGCUAACGAUCAUAUACAUCCACCAGUUCGAGACCACCCGACAUUGACUCCAGAGCAAACGCAUAGAGCGGAAAUACGAGGCAUGCUUCGUGACCUUGGCAGAGAGGGUAACCAAUCAAAUGCAAACAGGAUUGAUCACAACAGCACAAGCCAACCAACCACGAGGGAGCUCAAUCCUAUACGAUCAGUAAAUCUUGAUAAUAAUUCACUGCCAGUUCGAUAUGACCCUAAUGGUUCCCCACCCGACUAUACAGAAGCUUUGGAUGAUAGAUACAAACUCCCGAGCCCGGAGAUAACCGAAGAACCACCGCCUUCAUAUGACACGGUUCACCUCAAUGCGUUAAGAUUAGAGAAUGAUUUCUACCCCCGAGCGUUAAAUAAUGAGCAUAGCAAUGCGAGCUCGAGUGAACAGCGAACGUUGAGAGGAGGAAGCACUGAAAAUAAUAAUAACGAAGAGCUGAAUAGUGAUGUACAAUCGCCGCAAACGACAGAUCAGUCAGACUCUCCACGUUCACCUGGAAAUAAUACUCAAAUCAAUCUUAAUACUUUGGCUAUGCCAACAAGGAACAUUCAUGACACAACAGUAAAUACCGUCAAUAGUAAUCCAGCAGUAAUUGAUAACGUCCCAAUUGAGGACUUAGAAGAAACAAUACUCUAACCUGAAAUCGUAUAAAAGAACAUAUAUCCUAAUUUAUUGUGCUAACCAUUUUAGGCAAAGCCCCGAUUUAGAGGGGAAACACAUAUUUUCACAAAUAUAUUUUUUCAUAUAAAUCCCGAUUUUGUUAAUGCAAUCCAAAUUUUAAUAAAUGUUCAAUGAGAUACCCCCGUCUAGCAUAAAACGAUCUCUUAACGACACCUCAUAUUUAUAUAUUUGAUAUUUUUCAACAUAUCCUUUAUUUUAAUAAUGAUAUUAAUGAUGUCAGUUACAAGAGCAAUCCUUUAUAUUACUCAGAUAAGCUGAUUUGGUAGCGCUGUUUUCAUAUCAUACUUCUAUACCAUUACAAAGUUU